GGACAGGCACGUUACAGAGGAAAAGCUGUUGAUUUCGAGCGCUGAAAAUUUACUGAUGAGCUUAAUUCACUCUUAAGGUCCAUAUCUCCCCUUUAUCUUUUGUUUCUUAUCAUCACUGAUUUUUUUAACCGCCACCCUGAAGUUCAUCGUUGUCAUUCUGGCCGCCGGGAUGGUGGCGUUUAUCGGAGCGGUUAUAUGCAUCAUCGCCGCGGUUCACAGCGGAUCUCCACCGGCAUCCGCGGUCGCAGCGCAGCCCCUGGCUGACAACCAUUCACUCUCACCGGACGCAACCGGGAAGGCGUUUUCCACCGGGUCCGUGGCCCGAGCAGGACCGCUGCACGCUCUUCACGGUACCGAUGCGACCAGCAGGGAACGAGGAGGACCGGAGGCGCCAACCUUCUACGGUUUAACUGGACUAGGGACCGGAGGCAGCGAGCAGCAGGUCACCUACAGCAGACUCAUCUGCACCCCUGUCCCCGCCGGUGAGUGCAACCCCAAAAACUUUCAGCAACAAGCGGACGACCCGUCGUUAUACGCGGGAGAGGACUGGGGGUACCUGCGCACCACCGCCGAGGAGCUCCGGCAGACCGUCCUGCAGCAGAAGGAUGAGAUCCUCACGGAUCAGAGAACCAUACGGGAGCUAACGGGAAAGCUCUCGGAAUGCGAGAGCGGCUUGAAGGGACGCAGGGUCCCGGAACGGAGCGCGGGGCUUGGGGAUGCGCGGAAAGAGAAUAAGGAGCAAAUCAUGAUGCGGGACGAUGCGGGGUCCUCGAUGCGGAGCACUCAUGCGAUGGAGGAGCUGGUGCAUGCCAUAACUCAAAUGAAAGACCGCAUUGAGAAACUGGAGUCUGAAAUGGCACCACCAGCGUUCAAUCACACAGACACAAGCUCAAAGAAAGCAGCAGGUGCUGCUCGUAUGCCAAUGGCAGCUGCGCAGAGACGAAUGGAGGAUCUGGAAGGAGAACUGAAGAGAAAGAUAAAACUGCUGGAGGAAGAGAGGAAAGCGCUGCAGAAAGAGACACAGAAACAUCAAGAGCAUAUUGACUACGGACUGGACACUGUACACCAGCGGAUAAGCAGCCUGGAGAAAGGUCUCUCUGAGAACAAGUUUCCAGAGGGUUACAGGCUCUCGUUCCCUGUACGCAGCACUUCCAUGUAUGCCACUGUAAAGCAGGAAAUCCCAGCCCUCCACACUCUGACUGCCUGCAUGUGGAUCAAACCUGCAAAGAGCAUCUUGGGAACAGUAGCUUCUUAUGCUGUUUCUGACCAGAGCCACGAAUUUGUGCUUCAGCAGUUGGUUCAUGGACCCAUUGAGCUCAUCAUUAAUAAUGAGGUGGCGCCGUUACCUCUGAACUUAACAGUGGGCAGAUGGCAGCAUAUGUGUGUGAGCUGGAACCGGAGAGCUGGAACGUGGCAUGCCUACUUAGGGGGCAAACUAAAGCUUGAAGGAAGUGACCUGGCAACCCGUCACAGCAUCCGACCGGGAGGAACUCUCAUACUUGGCCAAGAACAGAGCGUCAGUGUGCGGUCUUCUCGCGCACUGUGCUGA